AUUGCGCCAUUACUUUUUUUUUUGAGACGGAAUAGAGUAGAGUUCUCAGCAUGCCGGAGCCCGCCAAAUCUGCGCCCGCCCCCAAGAAGGGCUCAAAGAAAGCCGUCACCAAGACCCAGAAGAAGGGCGACAAGAAGCGGCGCAAGAGCCGCAAGGAGAGCUACUCCAUCUACGUGUACAAGGUGCUGAAGCAGGUGCACCCCGACACCGGCAUCUCGUCUAAGGCCAUGGGCAUCAUGAACUCCUUCGUGAACGACAUCUUCGAGCGCAUCGCCGGCGAGGCGUCCCGCCUGGCGCACUACAACAAGCGCUCGACCAUCACGUCGCGGGAGAUCCAGACGGCCGUGCGGCUGCUGCUGCCCGGGGAGUUGGCCAAGCACGCCGUGUCGGAGGGUACUAAGGCUGUCACCAAAUACACCAGCUCCAAGUAACCUGCUUCUGGCUUCGUCCCCAGAACCGCCCAAGCCAAAGGCUCUUUUAAGAGCCACCCACUUACUCCUUGAGAGAGCUGCUUCAUUCCUCUUUUGUAUGUUUAAAAAGAAACGUAAGUUCAAACUUA